AAAUUUCGCUUUACUUUGCGGCUUGGCGGUGUGUAAACAUGGUGUCGAACAACCCGGUAUGCGACAAAGAUGUAAAACGACCUUGAAUGAGAUGUAAACAAUAAGUGCAGGAUGUGGAGAUUUAUCUAUAGAAAAGUGAAUGGCCGUCCCGGCAAUUCAUCUCUUCGUCUUGGGCAGAUUCAAGCUGCUGAGAAGAAUGAAGAUAAGAAUAGCUCAUACCCUGAAGAAAAAGAUAAAGGACUUCAAAAGUCUCCAAGGUAUCAUGGCAAAGUAUUACUGGUAACAGAGGCCAGAAAAUGGGAAGAACAAGAGACCGAAACUUUGAAGUCUGGCUUCGACCUCGUGCGAUGUAUUUUGCACAACAUUCAGAACGCCCAGAAAAAUCGAGCCCUAAGUUUCUCGAAUUGUUUUGCCAGAGGAAAGGAAGAUGAAAAUUCUAAGGCAUUCCAUGGGGAAUUGGGAUCGUGGUGUUCAGGGGUGCUUGCCCUUUCAAGCCUUCUAGCUUGCCGCAGGUUCUUUACAGAUGAAAAGUCUCUAUGGAAUGUUAAUAUCAAAAAAAUUCCCUCUCAUGUGUUGUCAAAGAUUUUACCAGAGAGCAGAUUCCAUACUACUCUUGGAGUGUUGCCUUUGGCUGGAAGCUCUCAAGUCCACAAUGUGGGAAAUGCUAUGACAUCAGACCCUCUAGAUCAAGCUAUUGCUACAUUCCAGGCUUCUUUCAGUGAAUGCACAGCAGCCACCCAAAAUAAGCUUGGCAUAAAGUUUGCAUCACUAAAGCAGCACCAAAAGGCAUUUCUCCUUUUCAUGCAAGCCAGUGACCGAGGGCACCGUAUGGCACAAUUUAACCUGGGUUUGUGUUAUGAGAAUGGCAAAGGAGUGGAAAAAGAUUUGGCUAAAGCAGUAGAGUGUUAUGAAAAUGCUGCAGCUCAGGGCCAGGCAGGAGCCAUGUAUAAUCUUGCUAUUCUUUACAUGCAGGGAGAUGGGGGCCUCUCGAAAGAUCCUCAACAUUCAAUUGAGCUUCUCAAAGAAGCUGCAGAACAUGGCCUGUGUAAGGCACAGUCAUUUCUAGGAUUGUACUAUGCUGAUGAAUCUUCCAGCCAUUGUGAUUAUGAAAAGGCAGUUCCUUAUCUUAAAAUGGCAGCAGCUAAAAAUGAUUCAUCAGCAGAGUAUAAUCUUGGAAUAUGCUAUGAGCGGGGUCUUGGUGUUGAGAGAGACAUGUCCAAAGCUGGAAUAUUUUACAAGUCUGCAGCUGAGCAUGGACAUACUGGAGCCCAGUACAACGUAGGAGUGUUCUUUGAGCAUGGCCUUGGUGGCUUUGUGGUUGAUAAGAGGGAAGCUGCUCGAUUUUACCGCAUGGCAGCAGAGGCAGGAGAUGAAGAUGCUCUCCAUAAUCUUGUACUCCUUAGAAAGUCAGUGGAGACAGAAAAGCUGGCGAAACAGACAGUAAAGCCUCAAACCCUGGUGUUCUCUUUGCUUAAGGAAAUGGUCAAGCCAAGUGGAAUGAGUGGUCAUGUGACACAGGAGAAUCAAGGUAUACCUCGCUGUGCAUCCAGUCCUGGCAUUCUGGAUCAGCCUGACAUUGAGCAGCAAAGUACUCCUUCAAGUACAUCUUCAAAUGCAUUGCUGGCAUUUUAACACAAAGGAAAUUUAGGUCAACAUCAAAUUAUUCCGAU